AUGCGACGACGGGCUGCCGAUUUUCGGCGCCCGGUCCGACGGAGGUUUUCAAAUUGGAUCUGGCUUCUUCUCGCCUUCUCCUCUAUCCUCGCUCUCCUUCUCUUCUUCCUUCAACACAACCACCACCAAGAUCCGCAUCAUAAUCCUUUGCCGGAGAGAAAUGCAAGAGUUGAACAUUUUGAUAAGGAGAGUUUGAAUUUUACUCAAGAGAUUUUAAGUGUCACAUCAUUUUCGCGACAGUUAGCAGAACAAAUGAUUCUGGCCAAAGCUUAUGUGGUUAUUGCCAAAGAACACAACAAUCUUCACCUUGCCUGGCAGCUUAGCUCAAAGAUCAGAAAUUGCCAGCUUUUGCUUUCAAAAGCUGCCAUGACUGGUGAGCCCAUUACGUUGGAGGAAGCAGAGCCAAUUAUUAAAAGCCUUUCUCUUCUAAUGUUUAAGGCACAAGACAUCCAUUAUGACAUUGCAACCACAAUAGUAACCAUGAAAUCACAUAUUCAAGCUCUAGAAGAGCGAGCCAAUGCAGCAAUAGUUCAAAGCACCGUGUUUGGUCAAAUGGCAGCUGAAGCAGUACCUAAGAGUCUUCAUUGCCUAAAUGUGAAACUCAUGUCUGAUUGGCUGAGGAUGCCAUCCCUGCAGGAACUCUCAGAUGAGAGGAAAAACUCCCCAAGGCUUGUGGACAACAACCUAUAUCAUUUCUGCAUUUUUUCAGAUAAUGUUCUGGCAACAUCUGUAGUUGUAAACUCAACUGUCUCCAAUGCUGACCAUCCAAAGCAAUUGGUCUUUCACAUUGUCACUAAUGGAGUCAAUUAUGGAGCAAUGCUAGCAUGGUUCCUGCUUAACGACUUUAAAGGAGCCACCAUAGAGGUACAGAACAUUGAGGAGUUUCAUUGGUUGAAUGCAUCAUAUUCUCCUCUUGUCAAGCAGCUCCACAGUCCUGAUUCUCGAACCUUCUAUUUUGGAGCAUAUCAAGAUUUAAAUGUUGAACCCAAAAUGCGGAACCCCAAGUAUCUGUCUUUAUUGAAUCAUCUUCGGUUUUACAUCCCUGAGAUUUAUCCACAACUUGAAAAGGUUGUCUUCCUGGAUGAUGACCUUGUUGUCCAGAAAGAUCUGACCCCCCUUUUCUCUCUGGAUUUGCAUGGGAAUGUGAAUGGUGCUGUUGAAACUUGUCUGGAAGCAUUUCAUCGAUACUACAAGUAUCUCAACUUCUCAAAUUCAAUUAUCAGCUCGAGGUUUGAUCCGCAGGCAUGUGCAUGGGCAUUUGGUAUGAACAUUUUUGACUUGGUUGCAUGGAGGAAGGCAAAUGUGACCACAAGAUAUCACUAUUGGCAAGAGCAGAAUGCUGAUGGGACACUCUGGAAGCUGGGGACACUUCCUCCUGCUCUUCUAUGUUUUUAUGGUUUGACAGAGCCACUUGACAGAAGAUGGCAUGUUUUAGGAUUGGGUUAUGACCUAAAUAUUGACAACCGCCUCAUUGAAAGUGCAGCAGUUAUUCACUUCAAUGGGAACAUGAAACCGUGGUUGAAGUUAGCUAUAGGCAGGUACAAGCCACUAUGGGACAAGUAUAUAAAUCAAAGUCACCCUCAUCUUCAAGAUUGUGUCACAAGUUGA